UGUGUGUGUGUGUGUGUAUGUGUGUGUGUGUGUGUGUGUACGUGCUAGUGGUGCUGGUAAGAGAUGAGACGUGCGCAGUCGUUGGCUAGAGACACUUGUGUUCACUAGUCCUGAGACGAAACUUCAUCUCACCCACCAGAUUUCAACUAAGGUACUGGGUGAAGCAAGAGAUGGUGUUGGAGAUAGUGUUGUUGUCGGUGGUGGUGCUGUUGGCACUGCUCUGGCAGAUCUUCAAGAAGCCUGCUGGCUUACCUCCAGGUCGAUGGGGUUUGCCUCUGACUGGGUACGUGCCCAUGGACAUAGGCAGCAUCAAUGAACAUCUCCUUGACUUACACAAGAAGCAUGGAGACAUAUACCUGUGGAAACUGGGAACGAGGGUGGUGGUGUUCCUCCAUGACUACCACCUCUGCAGAGAAGCCUUCACUAGGAACGAGUUCGUCGACAGACCAGACUGGGAAGUUUUCGCAUUCAUGGAACAUCCUUGUCUCGGAGUGUUUGCAAGCAACGGGUUGAUAUGGCACAAUAACCGGCACUUCAGCCUGCGUCAGUUGAAGGACUUGGGGAUGGGUAAGUCCAGGCUGGUGGCGGGGGUACAAAAACAAGCCUUACGACUGGUGGAGCAUUUCAAGACCCAGGCAGGCAAGCCUGCUCCUGUAUCCCAUGCCCUCAACGUCUCGGUGGUCAAUGUUGUUUGGCAGAUGGUUGCAGGAAAGGACUUCGAGAUGACAGACAACAAGCUGAAGGAGUUUGAAGCAACCGUCGAGUCUCUGAUGGAUGUGGUGAGCGUGAUGGCUAUCCCGGACUUCUUCCCUUGGCUUAGGUGCUUCCUUCCUGGCUUCUUGAGGAAGAAGUUCUUUAAGGAAGAUCUUCUCUUGAAGUCCAAGAAGAAAUUUUUAAACUUCUUUUUCGAAGAGAUCGAAAAGCACAAAGCCACGCUGGACCGAAACAACCCGAGGGACCUGAUAGAUGGUUACUUGAUUGAGAUAGAAGACAGGAAGAAGGACCCUGAAUCUACCUUCAGCGAAAAGGACUUGGCAUUUUUGACAUUUGACCUGUUCGUCACUGGGAGCGAGACAAUGACCAGUACCUUGACCUGGAUGUUGUACUACCUGGCCACCUACCCGGAGGUGCAGCAGAAGGUGCAGGCGGAGAUUGACCAGGUGCUUCCUAAGGGCACUUUGGCUACACUCCAGGACAAGUCCAGGCUGCCGUACACGGACGCGUUCCUACACGAGGUUCUACGCAAGUCCUCCCAGACGUAUGUUGGAGUGCCACACCUGACAGUAACAGACACUCGCCUGGGUGGCUACAGCAUCCCCAAAGGCACAGUAGUGACUAGUGCUACCGCUGCCAUCCAUCACGACCCACGUUACUGGGACCAUCCUGACGAAUUCCUGCCGGAACGCUGGCUUGACUCCGAGGGCAAGUUCGUCUCCAAGAAGGAAGGCUUCCUUCCUUUCGGCAUAGGGAAGCGAAUAUGUCUUGGCGAGUCCCUGGGACGUACUGAGAUGCUCAUCUUCUCCACGAUCAUACUGCAGACUCUCAACAUCUCCCAUGUUCCUGGCAAGUUGCUUGACCUCCGCCAUGACCCUAAGAAUCCCUUCUUCCACUUCGCCAGGAAACAGGACCUCGUCAUCACCGUACGCGAUUGAACACAAAUUCCAAACGCCGACCAUUCGAAACUCGAUUAAAACUACUAAAAAUUUUGGCGUUAAGAUGUUUGAAAUGACAUCCUGCUGACAGAUGUGGCGUUACUAAGACGAAUUAAACUUUGUUUGCAGUCAUGUUUUUAGGAACCUAGAUUUUUGCUCUAACACACAAUAUAUGGACACCUUGUGAAAUUGUAUGAAUACAUAUAUAUAUAUAUAUAUAUA